UGUGCUUCUGGGGAAUAUCUGGAAAUGAAGAACCAGGUUUGCAGUAAAUGUGCUGAAGGGACUUACUCGUUGGGAAGCGGGAUCAAAUUUGAUGAAUGGGAUGACCUGCCGGCGGGAUUCUCUAAUGUAGCAACGUACAUGGACAGCAUUCUUGGCUCAGCCGAGAGUAAAGCCGACAGCUGUGCCAAAUCUUCCUGGACCCCUCGUGGGAAUUACAUUGAGUCCAAUAGGGACGACUGCACCGUCUCGUUAAUCUACACGGUCCACCUGAAGAAAUCCGGUUCCAUCUUCUUUGAGUAUCAGUAUAUUGAUAACAACAUCUUCUUUGAAUUCUUUAUUCAAAAUGACCAGUGUCAAGAAAUGGACUCCACCAGUGAUAAAUGGGUGAAAUUGACAGAUAAUGGAGAAUGGGGUUCCUAUUCCGUAACCUUGAAGUCAGGAACUAAUAUCUUGUACUGGAGAACAACCGGGAUACUGAUGGGGUCGCAGGUGGUGAAGCCCGUACUUGUGAAAAACAUCACAAUUGAAGGGGUGGCCUACACGUCUGAAUGCUUUCCCUGCAAGCCGGGCACCUUUAGCAACAAAUCAGGUUCCUCCAUGUGUGAAAUCUGUCCAAGAAACACCUACUCAGAAAAGGGGGCUCGGGAAUGCACCAAGUGUCCUGAAGAAACACAUUAUUCAGAUGAAGGAUCAGGCCAGUGUCUGGAACGCCUUCCUUGCUCAAAUAAAGACUUUUUUCAGAUCCAUACUCCAUGUGAUUGGGAAGGAAAAACCCAGCUCAUGUACAAAUGGGUGGAGCCCAAGAUCUGCCAGGAGGACGUCUCUGAAGCGGUGAAGCUACCUCCUUCGGGAGAAAGGAAGGAAUGUCCGCCUUGCAACCCUGGUUUUUACAACAAUGGAUCAUCUUUCUGCGCUCCUUGUCCACCAGGGAUGUUCACUGAUGGAACUCAAGAUUGCAAGGCCUGUCCUGCUGGCACUGAACCAGUGCUUGGACUGGAAUAUAAGUGGUGGAAUGUUCUGCCUCUCAACAUGAAGACUUCUUGCUUCAAUGUGGGGAAUUCAAAAUGUGAUGGGAUGAAUGGCUGGGAAGUUGCUGGUGACCACAUCCAGAGCGGGGCAGGAGGCACAGACAACGAUUAUCUCAUUGUGAACCUCCACAUACCAGGAUUUAAGCCUCCCACAUCAGUCACGGGAGCGAUGGGCUCAGAACUUGGACGGAUCACUUUUGUGUUUGAGACCAUCUGCUCUGCAGACUGCGUGCUGUACUUCAUGGUGGACAUCAAUAAGAAGAGCACAAACGUGGUGGAAUCAUGGAGUGGCGCUAAGGGCAAGCAGUCGUACGCUCAUAUCAUUUCCAAGAACGCUUCCUUUACGUUCACCUGGGCUUUCCAAAGAACCAAUCAAGGCCAAGAUAACAGGAAGCUGAUCAACGAUGUGGCCAAGAUCUACUCGAUCACUGUGAGCAAUGCAGUUGACGGAGUGGCUUCCUCCUGCCGGGCCUGUGCGAUUGGUCUAGAACCGUCCGGCUCCUCCUGCAUCCCAUGCCCUGUUGGGCACUACAUAGAGAAGGAAACCAACCAGUGCCAAGAAUGUCCUCCCAAUACGUACCUCUCUAUCCAUCAAGCCUUUGGAGAAGAAGCCUGUGUCCCUUGUGGGCCUGGGAGCCAAAGCACCAAGGACCAUUCUGCCUGCUAUAAUGACUGCAUGUUCUCCUAUGUCAGGAACAAUCAAAGUCUGAUUUACGAUUUUAGUCGUUUGAGCAGAGUGGGCUCAUUAAUGAACGGACCAAGCUUUACUGCAAGAGGCACAAAAUUCUUCCAUUUCUUCAAUAUCAGCCUGUGUGGAUCCCAAGGAGAAAAGAGAGCCAUUUGCGCGGACAAUAUAACGGAUAUCACCCUGAAGGAUAUGGUGUCCGAGUCAGAAGACUAUUCCAAUGUGGUGAGGGCGUUUGUCUGCCAGUCGACCAUCAUCCCUCCGGACAGCAAAGGCUUCCGCGCUGCUUUGGCCCUUCAGUCUAACAGCCUGGCUGACGUGUUCCUUGGAGCAACUGUUGAAACUACACUAGGAAAUGUUAACAUUAAGCCAGAAGUGUUUGAGAAAUCUAAAACAAAGCUACCCGAUGUUCAUUUCUAUUACAAGUCUUCAGGAGUUUCAGCCACUUGUGAAAAUGGGCGUGUGUCUGUUGUGACAAUGAGGUGCAACCCCACGAAACUUGGCCAGGGAGACAUUUCAGUUCCCAGUUCUUGUCCUGCAGGGACCUGUGAUGGGUGUAUAUUCCGCUUCUUGUGGGAAAGCGCAGAAGCUUGUCCCAUGUGUACCGAGCAGGACUAUCACGAGAUCGAAGGUGCUUGCAAAAAGGGGCACCAGGAAACCUUAUAUGUCUGGAAUGAACCGAAGUUAUGUAUAAAAGGGGUUUCCUUGCCUGAAAAAAAGAUUAUAAUCUGUGAAACGCUGGAUUUCUGGCUGAAAGUCGGUGCAGGGGUUGGUGCCUUCACAGGAGUCCUGCUCAUUGCCUUAACUUGCUAUUUCUGGAAGAAAAAUCAGAAAUUGGAGUAUAAAUAUUCGAAACUGGUAAUGACGGCCAAUUCAAAAGAGUGCGAGCUUCCGGCUGCCGAUAGCUGUGCGAUCAUGGAAGGAGAAGACAACGAAGAGGAAAUAGUGUAUUCGAAUAAGCAGUCGUUGUUAGGAAAACUCAAAUCACUGGCCACAAAGGAAAAAGAGGACCGCUUUGAAUCUGUCCAGCUGAAAUCCUCCAGAUCUCAAAAUAUAUGAAGAUU